GUCAACUUGUCAAGAAAGUCAGCAAAUGUCAAAAUACGGGCAACGGCUGGUGGUAUUUGAAUUUUCUAUUUCUAAAUAUUUUCAAUAAAUCAGACGAAACAAGUAAUUAAAUGUAAUAGAAAAUGGACAAGACUAAAACCCAAAAUUCACAUAAAAACCGUUUUUUGAAAUUAUCUCUUAAGAAAAACAGGAGAAAAGAAGAGGAAAAUAACAAAGCGAAUCGCAGCUCCGACGUUAUAUUACUGGAAGAAUCUUUUGAGAGAUUAAAAUCCGACUUUCCUAGAAAAUUGAAUGGGACACCAACAAUAUAUUCUCCAAUAGUUAUAAACGAUUCGACCGAGUUGUCUGAUGAAUCCUUACCAAAUAUAGUGAUCAAAGAUAAGGAACCUAGCAAAUUUGGAAAUGUUUCAUUUAACAAAUCGAUAGAAGAAAAAUCACCACAAUGCGCAAAAGAAUCCAGACCCAGCAUAGGUGGUUGGUCACCAGCGCAGAGUAUUAUUUGUGCCUCACCGAGGUACCAAACCGUACCUUCCACUCCUCGGGACAUAGCUAACGAGUCACUUGAAGAAUGCUCUCUGAAGAAAAUUCAACAAUCCCAAAAGAAGCUACUGAGCGAUCUUUACGGAGAAACAUGGAAAUCGAUACCAAAGCUAUUUAAAGCCAUAUCUAAAAAUUAUGAAAACUUUGACGGUGUAUCCAAAAAACUGCAGUUUGACGAUGACGAAGACAAAGAAAAUAUCAGACAUGACUUGCAACGCAACAAAGAGUUGUACCUUACCGGUUCAGAUGCUAAGAAAAAGUUUGGUAAUUUUUCUGAAUCUGAGAAAAAAUCGAAGAAAAAAUUAUACACGGAGAAAGUUCCUAGCACCCCAGACGUCCCGAAAACAAAACCCGUUAGAACCAGAAACGUUAACAGUACAACAAAAAAGGGAAAAGCAAUGUCCGUGACAGAAUUAGUAGAAAUUAUGAAGAAAGAUGUAAACGAAGUGACUAAAAAAGCUGAAAAUCUUUGCAUUACUCCUACAAAUGAUGUCAAGAGGCUAAGUUUCGUAGGGUCUUUAGCAGACAACGUCCCGAGCUGGCGAUGUCACCCCGAAGCCUUCCAAUACCGCGACAACUACAAACAGUUACGAGAGCAACUCACGCGCAGGUUGUAUGCCGAGUUCAAUAAGGUGGUGUUUGACGAUGCGUUUGAGGAAGACAUGCCGGUGGUGUGGGACUCCAAGCUUAGGAGCACUGCUGGCACAACAACAAACCGUCUCCUCAAGAACUCUCGUGGCGAGCGCAGACGCACGUCCAGUAUUAAACUGUCCACCAAAGUCGUGGACGCGCCGCAACGACUGCGGGACACGCUCAUACAUGAGCUGUGCCACGCUGCGACGUGGCUUAUUGACGGGGAGUUGAGAGCCGGCCACGGGCCAUUGUGGCGCAAAUGGGCCACACACGCACUACGAAAGUUCCCAGAACUGGGCGAGAUAUCAAGAUGCCACGACAUGCAGAUACACUUCAAAUACUCGUACAAAUGUACCAAAUGCGGUUACAGCAUCCAACGCCACUCGAAAUCCAUAGACACAACAAAGAAAUGCUGCGGCUACUGCAGAGGCACCUUCGAGUUGAUCCUAAACAAGAAAACCAAAGAAGGCCUGGUGGUAUCCACUCCAGCUCGGAAGGGAGAAGUCAGCGAGUUUGCCAAAUACGUAAAAGAGAACUACGGUUCUGCCAAAACUGGCAGGAGUCACGCGGAGGUCAUGAAAUUGUUGGGAGAACAGUUUUCUGCCAAGAAAAAGGUUAAAUCAGUUGAUUUAUUGUAAAGGUUCAUUUUAGCUACAUUAUGUUGUAUAUUUUUGUUUAAUAGUGUUUUAUAACAAAGGAGAUGACUGAUAAUGUUUAAUAAGUUUAAUAAGAAGGUAUGGCAAACAGUUGUAUUAUUACUAAUUGUUCACAAUCGUUAGCCGUUAAAAAAAUGCGUCACGUAACAGGACACUAAACUUGUUUUAGUAUGUUUGCCAUAAAAGCAAUGUUUAGCAUUGUGCAUCUUAUUUUAUAAUUUUACUCUUGCCUGACAGUGGUGUUGCUUUUUCUGAUUCAUGACUUGUAAAAGAUGAAGAAUGUUUUUAAAUUAUAUAGUUUGUAUAACUUAUACAACCUUAUUUGUAAAACGUAUUAUAAAGUCACCAAACUGAGAAGUAAUUAUUAUGCAAAAAACCCUAUAAUAACUGAAAUAGUUUAUGAAGUUAUCAAUCUUUGUUACCAAGGUGAAAAUGCUACGAAAACGAUACUGGUGCUGAAGGUAAUAAUUGCGUGUCUACCGAAAUGUUAUAUCGAUUUUAUAUAAACAUUAUUAGUACCGUAAGGUAAGUAUAUCAUUUUUUUACGAUUUUAUGUUUGAUAGAGAAUUAAUCUUAUUCUCACGACUGAUUAUUUGUAGAUAAUCAUUUGUAGACCAUUAUUUAGAGACCAUUGCACUGGUGGCAAUGAAUUUCUGACUUUAUUUCUUAUAAAAUAAAACACUUUUUAGGUAAAUUUAUUUGUAAAAUUUUUAGCUGAUCUUAUCAAUCGUGAAGUUAAUGAAUUUUGGCUACCAAUAUACUCAGAUUUUGAAUAUUUAACUGAAAUUGGAGAAAGAUGUAUAAUUUUUGAGAAAUUUAUACAAUUUCGAGCAACCGAUGUAUA